ACUCUUCUUCCGAUGAGAUUACUACUAUCAUCGUCGUUGAUGAUAAUAAUCCCAAGGGUGCUACCGCCUCACAACCUACUCAGAAACCUGGAGUCAUUUUAGAUGAUGAUUUCAAACCUCUUACUGACUAUGAGGCCGAGAAUAGAUUAAUAACUUACGGCAAGAAUGUUAUUGCUGCGUAUCAACCUUUACGAUGGUAUUUUAUCAUGUUAUUUCUCGGAUGA